CCUCUGCUCUCCGGGCGCCCCGGGCCGGUCGGCAGCCAAGGAUCCGACCACCCGGCCGGGAAAGGAAGUACUUUACCUGCGGGCCAGUCCAAGGUUGGAGACGGUUGCGGAGCCCACCGCGCUCCUGCCGGUGUCUCGGCUCCGGGUCCUUCACUCGAAAAUGGCGCCUAAAAUACAAACUCGAACGGAAAUUCGUUACAAACGCGCGCAAUGCUUUCUGGGAUCCCCUAAUUUGAAAAAAAGUGCGGCGAUUACCGCCGCCAUCUUCUGGUCAUUCUUGCGCAAGCGCAAACUCCGGGCGGACCCCGGGCGGUAGGGGACGUUCGUCCUAAGUGAAAACGGAGGAGAAGGGAAUGUUUACCCAGCGGCCAGUAGCAGCAGCACUAUUAUAAACACCACAUUUAAAAAACGUGGCGGUUUUUGAAAAAGAGAAAAAAAAAUAGAGUCGGGUUCCGCCCACAGCUGAAGGCGAGGCUCAACGUCCAACGACGCCCCCUGAGGAGCGGGCGGGCGCGCUGCGGGGCGGGGCCUCGGCUCGGCUCCGUGACGCGCCGUGCGGUGCGGGGGGAAGUAUCGCGGGAAGGCGGGGAGCGUUGCUGGGAGACGUCACUAUGGUGACUGCCCAGGCUCUGUGAGGCCAGUCUCCUCCGCUUCACUGGGACCUGAGGUAAAUCUCGUCAGCUCCGGACGCGGCCAGGAAAGGGCUCCUCGUUGUAGCCAGCACCUUUCCUGCUUUGAGGGUGCGUGUGGCACGGAGCACCUGUUACAGUCUGUCUCCCUGGGGUACAGGGGCUUUGGGCGUAGCUUUUGGGGUACCGAGGAGCCCAGAGUUUGGGGGGCGGGGGGCUCCAGGAGAAGAGGAGAGCCUGGAUUAGUGGUUGCUCGUGUACGCCAUGUGGGAAUAGCAAGUGAACACAAGUGCCAUUUUUUCGUUUUGUUGGAAACUGGAGACAUGAGGCUGAAGAUAUCUCUUUUAAAAGAACCAAAACAUCAAGAAUUAGUAAGCUGUGUGGGCUGGACGACUGCUGAAGAACUGUAUUCCUGCAGUGAUGAUCACCAGAUAGUGAAGUGGAACUUGCUGACCAGUGAGACAAGCCAAAUAGUAAAGCUUCCUGAGGAUAUUUACCCAAUAGACCUUCACUGGUUUCCAAAAAGUUUAGGCAUAAAGAAACAGACUCAGGCAGAGAGCUUUGUCCUCACAAGUUCUGAUGGUAAAUUUCAUCUGAUUUCCAAGUUGGGAAGAGUGGAAAAAAGUGUAGAAGCUCACUGUGGAGCGGUACUUGCAGGAAGAUGGAAUUAUGAAGGGACAGCAUUGGUUACAGUUGGAGAAGAUGGACAAAUAAAAAUCUGGUCAAAGACUGGGAUGCUAAGAUCAACUUUAGCUCAGCAAGGAACACCAGUAUAUUCAGUAGCGUGGGGCCCUGAUUCAGAAAAGGUCCUUUACACAGCAGGCAAGCAGCUGAUCAUCAAACCUCUUCAACCAAGUGCCAGAGUGUUACAGUGGAAGGCUCAUGAUGGCAUUAUUUUAAAAGUAGAUUGGAACUCAGUUAAUGAUCUUAUUUUAUCUGCCGGCGAAGACUGUAAAUAUAAGGUGUGGGACAGUUAUGGCCGCCUGCUGUACAGCUCACAACCUCACGAGCACCCUAUCACCUCAGCUGCCUGGGCUCCAGGUGGAGAGUUAUUUGCUGUUGGAUCGUUUCACACUUUACGCUUGUGUGAUAAAACUGGGUGGUCGUAUGCCUUAGAAAAGCCCAACACUGGCAGCAUAUUUAAUAUCGCAUGGUCACUUGAUGGGACUCAGAUUGCUGGAGCCUGCGGCAAUGGGCACGUUGUUUUUGCACACGUGGUGGAGCAGCGGUGGGAGUGGAAAAAUUUUCAAGUUACGUUAACGAAAAGAAGGACCAUGCAGGUUCGUAAUGUUCUUAACGACGCAGUGGAUUUACUGGAAUUCCGUGAUAGAGUCAUUAAAGCAUCUUUGAACUAUGCACACUUAGUUGUUUCUACGUCUCUUCAAUGUUAUGUGUUCUCUACGAAGAACUGGAACACACCACUUAUAUUUGAUCUCAAAGAAGGAACUGUUAGUCUAAUUCAGCAGGCAGAAAGACAUUUUCUUCUUGUAGACGGCGGUGGUAUCUAUUUAUAUUCUUAUGAAGGGCGCUUUAUUUCUUCUCCAAAAUUUCCUGGAAUGAGAACAGAUAUUCUGAAUGCACAGACUGUGUCUCUCAGUGAUGAUACCAUAGCAAUAAAAGACAAAGCUGACGAAAAAAUAAUCUUCCUGUUUGAGGCAUCAACUGGAAAACCAUUAGGUGAUGGAAAGCUUCUUUCUCAUAAGAAUGAAAUCUUGGAAAUUGCUCUGGAUCAAAAAGGACUUACCAAUGAUAGAAAAAUUGCUUUCAUUGAUAAAAAUAGAGAUCUCUAUAUUACCUCAGUUAAACGAUUUGGGAAGGAGGAACAAAUUAUCAAACUUGGAACAAUGGUGCACACAUUGGCAUGGAGUGAUACCUGCAAUAUCCUUUGUGGACUUCAGGAUACUCGGCUUACGGUGUGGUACUACCCCAAUACAGUUUAUGUGGACAGAGACAUUUUGCCCAAAACAUUAUAUGAGAGAGAUGCAAGUGAAUUCAGUAAAAACCCUCAUAUUGUGAGUUUUGUUGGAAAUCAGGUGACUAUAAGAAGAGCUGAUGGCUCAUUGAUUCACGUCAGCAUAUCACCAUAUCCUGCUAUUCUCCAUGAAUAUGUGAGCAGUUCAAAAUGGGAAGAUGCUGUAAGACUUUGUCGCUUUGUUAAGGAACAAACCAUGUGGGCCUGCCUAGCUGCCAUGUCAGUUGCUAACAGAGAUAUGACUACUGCGGAAAUAGCCUACGCAGCAAUUGGUGAAAUUGACAAGGUUCAGUAUAUUAAUUCUAUAAAAAAUCUUCCAUCUAAAGAAUCAAAAAUGGCCCACGUAUUAAUGUUUAGUGGGAACAUACAGGAAGCUGAAAUAGUCCUUCUUCAGGCUGGCCUUGUUUAUCAAGCAAUCCAGAUCAAUAUUAAUCUCUACAACUGGGAAAGGGCGCUUGAAUUGGCUGUAAAAUAUAAAACACAUGUGGAUACAGUUCUUGCUUACCGUCAAAAGUUUUUGGAGACAUUUGGUAAACAGGAAACUAAUAAACGAUACUUGCAAUAUGCAGAAGGUUUGUGAUAAGUGCCUUGAAAGAGGUGUACACAGUUUUCUGAGACUUCAUGAACAUGGGACCUGACCUAGGAUGGAGGAAUCGGCAAAGACUAAGCAAAACAAAUUAUAUUUGAGUUGAACUCUGAAGAAUGACUAGAAGAAGCUCACGGGGGGUAGGGAUUGACACGUUCCAGGCAGAGGUAAGGCACUGGAGUGGGAAGGAGGAAGAGCAAACGAGAGAUUUGAGGGUCAUAGGGCACAUUAAGGAUAUUAGGCCUUAUCUGAAGUCUGAUGCGAAGUCAUCAAAGGGAAAUAAUAUGAUCUGUUUUCCCUUUUAAAAUCCUGAUUCCUAAAAAUAAAUGGAAAUUUUAAUAUUUCCGUGAAAUUUUCUUGAGUAGGAUUUUGUCAGUUAAAUGAUACGAUAGUAAGAAUGAAUGCAUGAGAUAUUGGAAGUAACAGGCAAGAGUCCUGAGUGACUGCUCUGGGUCCUAGGUCAGUAGUGGUUGGAGUACUGGUUGGGACCAGACAUUGAAAUCUGAAGGGUCUUAAAACCAUGUGAAGAGAGUGGACUUCAUAAUGAAGGCAACGAGAACACUUGGAGGUUUGCAAUCAAGAGAAAGACUUGAAAGAUAACUCUUGAUGUGAAGGAUUGGUUGCAGGGAAGGGGGAUGACUGGGAGACCAGAUCGGACAUUACUAUAAUAGUUACACCAGGAGAUGGAGAGGGGAGAUAGAGUAAGACUGAUGUAAGAAAGAAUUCAGUAGUAAAAUCGAGAGAACAUUGUGGCUGGGGUGGAAGGAGAGGUGGUGAGGCAGGCAGGACAAGGCAUUUGAGAAUGACUUCAACAUUUCUAGUUUGGGCACCUGGUAGGUGGGGGUGUUAUUAAUCUAGAUAAGGAAUACAUUGAAAAUAUAAAAGUUUUAGACCUUUUGAGUUUGGAAUGCUGUGGCUUAUCCAGUGGAGAUACCUAGUAGGCAAUUGUGAAUAUAAAUGUGGAUGGCAGAGGAUAUUCAUGAAGGAGAACUUGGGACUAGAUGGAUUUAUGGUCAUGACCAUCUAGGCACAGAUGAAGCUAUGUGAGCUGAUGAGAUCUCCCAGGAAACACAUGAGAAGGCCGUGGCUGGAACCUUGGUGACUACACUCAAACGUUGUCCAGCAGAAAGGUAUGGUAGGUCGGGGGACAGCCUGAAAGGGACAAUUUAGAGAGGAGGGCCGAAACCAGACAACAGUGGUAUUAUAUGAGAGAUUUUGUGAAGAGCAGUGGUCAAGACGUUCCAGGAAUGCUGCCGUCUCAGGACCUGGUUCUUUUCUGCAGCAUGCCCUUCCUCAGAUAUUCUCACAGCUCACUCUGUUGUCUCCUUCACAUCUUAAUGUCAUCAUCUCAGGGAGGCCUUCUGUGAUCCCUUCUGAUAUGCAGCCCUAGCUCUCACUGUCCUCAGGGAGGCCUUCUGUGAUCCCUUCUGAUACACAGCCCUAGCUCUCACUGUCCUCAGGGAUUCUUCUGUGAUCCCUUCUGAUACACAG